GCGACGUGAACGUUCUUCAUCAAAAGGCACUCUCUUGAUCAACUGAUAAUUUGAUCCAUCCCAAAAAAUCGUAACACUUAUCUCCUUCAGUCUUGACAUCAUCUUCUUCCCCUUUUUUUUGUGGUCACAUUUCUAUCAGUCUCGUCGUCCCAAUUAGAUUGGGCGAAAAAAAGCUCGCAAGAACAAGCGGUUUAUAUUAGUGCCGUUGCAAAAAAGAUAUCGUAUUGUGAUUGAAGCAAAAUGUCAGACAAGAUGGAUAUCGAUGAUCAAGGCCUGCAAGGGGCAGUGGACCCGAAAGCGACGCCGCCAGGGGAUCCCGCGAAAUCGACAGGAGGAUAUUCGUGGACAUACGCCUUCGAGGUGCCGCUUUUGACGCUCGAAUUAGUGUGCGAGGAAAGCGAGAAGAAGACGAUCAAGCAGGUCGAGAGCGAGCUCGGCGUGACGAUCGAGUUUGAGAGGACGACGCCACAUUACAAAGGCUUCGGCAACGGUCUCUGUCGGAUCCUGGCCCGGGAAACUCUGGCCAUCUAUCGGGCACUCGCCUUGAUCGUCGCGCUCGUCAGACUCAGCUCGCCCGCUCGUUAUUGCUUUUGGACUCACUGGUUGGUCCUUGAUGAGGUCUUCCAGAUCGAUAGCAUUCCCGAUCAAACGGAUCGCGUCGAAACCGGCGUGGAACACGUCGAAACAAAAUCGGUUGAUGAUGGCUCAGGGGACGGACACCAAGAUUCCUCCACAAGUCUUGCAAAUGAUUCGACCCAAACAAUCUCUGGGACGCUAGGGGAAGUUCACAAUGUCAAAACGACGGCUUCAAGCCAAUCGUCUGAACCGCCAAAGAACAGUGGAUGGGCCAUCGAGUCUAAUAAGGAUAGCCAGUCGCAAAUCCCUCAGUCAGGAUGGGAAGAUCCGCCAGCUCCAUGUCUCCCCUUAGCACCCUCGGAACCCCAGAUUCCCUUGUCCACAACCCCGCCGAUCCUGGAGCCGUCGGGCUCAGCAACUGGCCCUCCAUUGGAGACUAUCAACCAAGACUACUUCGGAUCAACCACCCCGUGUUCUUCGCCUGGAGAAGUCGCUCAAACGAACGUCGACUCCGAACGUCUUCCCACUCAACCGUUAACUCCAUUCCAAGAAGAACUCCUGUCUGACAAACUCAUUUCCGACCAAGAUUAUAAGCGGAUGCUGGACGUUGAUAAGGCCCAGUUGCCGCAGGACACCCAGGCGCACCAUCCUUCUUUCGAAUGGUUGCAAGAGGCUUUCAAAUUGCACAACCCGGGUAAACCUGGUCCUCAUCAAGUAGAUCUCGGCAAAGAUGCCCAAUUGAAUCGUAGUAGUACUAGUACCACUCCCUUGUCUGAACUUGCAGUCAAAAAAUCUGAACCUCCAAUCGAAACAAUUGAAGCUCCAAUGAAAAAAUCUGAACCUCCGUUCGAAACAACUGAACCUCCAGUCAAAAAUUCUGAACUUCGAGUCGAAAAAUCUGAACCUCCAAUCAAAAAAUCUGAACCUCGAGUGGAAUACUCUGAACCUCAUCCGAUCGAAAACAAGGCAGUGAUAAAGAGACUGAUGGAGCUUCCUUUAGGGACAGAAGAAUAUCUACGCGAAAACAACUUCCAGGCGAUUCGCGAGAUCAUCCUGGAAUCCAACGCGCACUGUCGACUUUCCAGCACCCCCGAAUGUCUCCGGUUUUGGGCCGUCGGAACCGAACGGGAAGUCUCGUUGGCCAUGGUUCUAAUCUCCAUCAAGAUCAAGGAAUUCUUGUAAUCUCCUCUCCCCCCCCUCUUUCUCUCUCUCUCUCUUUCCCCUCAUAAUAAUUUUAUGUCGGAUCAGGUCGUCGUUAUACAAUCUUGUUUUUCUGGUAGCUCUGGAGCAUCUACAUAUAAAUUUUUUUGAUGGUUUCUGUUCUGCAAAUAAUUACAAUCUCGU